AUUUUGUAGUGAUCUAUGCUCAUGAUGAUAUUUAUUCUAAUGACUUUUCUUUGUAUUGCAGUAACCUCUGCUGGCUUUGCCGUGGUAUUGAAACUGGGUGUGGGGAGCUUCCUGAGGUUCUUAGUGUACACAGUGUGUGUAGACACCCUUCUGAUGGGUGUUUUGGUGGCCACUAUUCUUUGGGCUGUAACCAAUCACUAUUUAGUGAAGCCAACCUGCAGGGACCAAGACGUGGAGUGGGGCUACGCGUUUGACGUCCACCUCAACGCGUUCUUCCCACCACUCAUCAUCCUGCAUUUCUUUCAGCUUUUCUUCUAUCAUGUUUUCAUCAGCCAGGACUGGUUUAUUUCACGAUUGUUUGGAAAUCUUUUGUGGGUUCUAGCUAUUGGCUACUACAUCUACAUUACAUUCCUAGGCUAUAGUGCACUACCCAUUUUGAAACAGCCAAGAGUAUUCCUGUAUGCAUUACCUCUCCUGGUGGUCUUCUUCCUACUGAGUCUGGCCUUCGGGAUGAACUUGUGUGGCACCCUCAUGGACUUCUACAGCUACCGUGUACUCUGAAGAUAUCGGCAGCUCACCGCGUUGCUGAUGGCCAUUUUUUCUUUUUUCAUUUUUCCUUUUUUUCUUCUUCUUCUUUUCUUUUCUUUUCUUUUCUUUUCUUUUCUUUUCUUCUUCUUUUUUUUUUUUUUCUUUUCUUGGUUUCUCCCCUUAAUAUCUCAUCCAUAGGUGUGAAGAAAUGAUAUUUAUUUUAUGAAGUUGAUUUGCAAAUUAAGUAAAAUAGGGAUUGAUAGUUAGUUAUUUUCCUCUAUGUUCUCUCUCUCUCCUUCUCCUCCCUCUCCCUCUCCCUCUCCCUCUCCCUCUCCUCCCUCUCCACCCUCUUCCUCUUCUCCCUUUCCCACCUCUCUCCCUCCUCUUUCUCCCUUUCCCUCCUCUCAUCCUUUUCGUUUCCCUCCUCUCUCCUUUUCCCUCCCUCUCUCCUCUCUCUCCUAUCUCUCCUCUCUCUCUCCUGUCUCUCCCCUCUCUCCCCUCUCUCCCCUC